UUUCUACUAUCUUAAACACCUUCAAAUUUGACACAUAUAAUAUUAGGAAAAAGUAAGUCAAACCAUGCACUAAUACCCUUCUUCUUCCUUCCUUCCUUAGAAUGAGUAUUUUCUCCAUUGCAUUCAUGAGCACAGUAAUUUAUUCUCUAAGUAUAAAGGAAUCAACUGCAAUAGUUUGGCAUGUAAUAUUUGCACUAAGUGUUUCUUUUUCUGGUUUCAUGGUAUCAUGUUCUCAGACAGAAAAUUACCUUAAUGGCAAAGAAUAUCCAAACUCAGUUUCAUUUCCAAGCACUUUCUUGUUUGGAACAGCCUCUUCUAGUUACCAGUUUGAAGGAGCUUUCCUUAGUGAUGGAAAAGGCCUUAACAAUUGGGAUGUUUUUACUCAUGAAGUUGGGCACAUAGCAGAUGGAAGUAAUGGAGAUAUUGCUCUCGACCAUUACAACCGAUAUCGGAAUUUGUGGACCAGUGAGGAUUCCUAUGUCAAACGAAAAUAUGUGGUUUCUGCUGAAUGUUGUCCCACAAGCAUAGUAUUUGCGUGUCAGGAAGAUAUCAAGCUUAUGGAAGAUAUGGGAGUGAAUAGCUUUCGUUUCUCUAUUUCAUGGGCAAGAAUUCUACCCAAUGGGAUGUAUAGAGAUAUCAAUAUGGCUGGAAUUCAGCAUUACAAUAAGCUGAUUAAUGCACUCAUACAGAAAGGGAUCGAACCGUCUGUCACGUUAACACAUUAUGAUAUACCUCAAGAACUUGAAGACAGAUAUGGCGGUUGGCUAAGUCCGAAAAUACAGAGAGAUUUCAGUUAUUAUGCAGACAUAUGUUUUAAAUAUUUUGGAGACAGAGUUAAAUACUGGGUGACUAUAAAUGAGCCAAAUGUGAUGGCCGUUCGCGGCUAUAGAUUGGGGACUUUUCCUCCAGCUCGAUGCUCUCGUUCAUUUGGUAAUUGCAGUGCUGGGAAUUCGGAAAAGGAACCCUUCAUUGCUGCCCACAAUAUGAUCCUAUCCCACGCCGCGGCUGUCAGCAUUUACAGAACUAAAUAUCAGGAAAGACAAGGAGGCAUGAUUGGAAUUUCUUUAAAUACUCAAUGGUAUGAACCUUUUAGCGAUUCCUCAGAAGACAAAUCUGCAGCUCAGAGAGCUCGAGCUUUCGUUUACAACUGGUUUUUAGACCCUAUUAUAUUUGGAAGAUAUCCUGAAGAAAUGCAACAAAUUCUUGGAACUAACCUGCCUGUUUUUUCAAACAAUGAUUUGAAAAAACUGAACAACGGCCUCGAUUUCAUUGGCAUCAAUCAUUACACUGCUGCUUAUAUAAAAGAUUGCUUGUACUCCGCCUGUGAAAAUGGCACCUCUUGGUCAGAGGGUUCUUAUUUUCGUACUACAGAAAAAGACGGCGCGUACAUUGGUGAACCUACUACAAUGGACUGGCUCUUUGUGUACCCUGAAGGAAUGGAAAAGCUUGUGAUGUACAUGAAGGAAAGAUUCAAUAACACUCCAAUCAUCAUCACUGAAAAUGGCAUUGCUGAGAGUGACAAUCUAAAUUCUUCUUUAGCAGAUGCCCUCAACGACACUCAAAGAGUUGAAUAUAUGCAUAGCCACUUGAAUUCUUUAGCAAAUGCAAUGAGGGACGGUGCAGAUGUGAGGGGCUAUUUCGCUUGGUCAUUGCUCGACAACUUUGAAUGGUUAGAAGGGUAUACAAAAAGAUUUGGAUUGCAUUAUGUCAAUUUUACCAAUCUCCAGAGAACUCCAAAAUUAUCAGCAACUCGGUAUAAGGAGCUCAUGUCUAAUUUUCAAGGACAGAUAGCAAAAUAUACAGCAUAAAGAAUACUAGAGUGAAACAAAGUACAAGCACCAUUCCUUUCUGGAGAUCCUUCAACUAGUUUUUCCUCUUGGUUUUUGAUCUAAAGAAAGGAAGGUCAAAUGUGAAAUCAAAAUAUAAUUAGUCAGGCUUAUCUCUUUCUUUAUAUUUCGAAAGAUAGAUGUGUAUUAUAAUUGCAAAAUAAAGGUGUAUAAUUAUAUAAAUAAAACUGUUUUUUAGAGCUUAGUUUA